GUUUCUACUAAGUACGACUUUAUCAACCGGAUUCAAUAUACUAGUAUUUGUGUAUAAAAUCUCUAGAAAACUUCAAUUGAUUCAAUAUAUAUAAUAAAUACAUUAACACUCAUCUAUCAUAUAAUCUUGAUCACCACCGUACCCCUAUCCUUAUUCCUUGCUUAUCUGAGAACUAACAUGGAUAAGCCUUCAAUCGCGGUUCCGGUAGGCACGCCGGCAUACGUUCCGCUACCGGAACACGCUCCGUUGAUGGGUGCUCCAUCUCAAGUAGGCCAAUGGUCUACUGGUCUUUUUGAUUGUACCUCAGAUGUCUCUCAAUGCUGUUUAACAGCUUGGUGUCCAUGUUUUACCUUUGGGCAAAAUGCUGAGAUAAUUGAUAGAGGAGCAUCAUCAUGUGGGGUGAGCGGAGCUCUGUAUAGUCUAAUCGGAAUGUUAUCAGGCUUCCAUUUCCUUUACGCAUGCGCCUAUAGAUCCAAGUUAAAACGACAAUAUGGGAUAUUAGGGAGUCCUCUUGAAGAUCUUUGUACCCAUAUUUGGUGCCACCCUUGUGCCUUAUGUCAAGAGCAUCGUGAGCUUGAACACCGUGGUUAUGAUGUUCCCCUUGGGUGGUAUGGUAACUUGGAGAAGCAGAACGGGGGAAUGGGGAUGGCUAAUCCCCCUAUGGUGCCAGGCGGUAUGAGCCGUUAAGAUCAAAGACGCAUAUCAGCCUACGCUUUUGUGAUCUAUCCUUUGCUUUAGUUUGUGCUUGUUGUUAUAUUUACCAAAUUAUACUUUCAAUGUGCAUUAAAUAGUUGUGUAGUGAACCAUACUUGAAUAAAUUUUAUUGUAUGAAUUGUUAUUUGUGAAUUA